AUGGUUGCAUUACUGUAUGACAAUAAGGUUUACUGCGGAGGGAGUAUCAUUGAUGCUAACCACAUUGUAACAGCGGCCGAUUGUGUUGUCCAUUCAAACUACGUCACCCUAUUGAUCGGGGGUCAUAACAUAAACGCGUCGAAUGAAGACGAACCUGGUCGUAUUAUUGUGAAUGUAACUCGACAAUAUAUCUUUGUUCAUCCCAAGUGGGGAGUUGUCCCCGCAUCUCAUGACAUUGCAAUCAUUCGCCUACCUGAAAAACUCACAUUUUCAAACAAUAUUCGCCCCAUUUGCCUACCGAAGUGGACACGUAUAGCAGAGACUUUUGAGAACCAGCCGGCACCUAAACAAUCUCCUUGUCGUGGUGAUGUUGGGGGUCCGUUAAUGAUACGUGAAGGUGUGGAUCCACACUACACUCUUGUAGGAAUUGUUUCUUCCUGGGUGAACCCAUUUUGUGAAGAUGGAAAUCCUGUAUUUUUCACGAGGAUAACAGCCGUCUUAGAUUUUAUAUAUGAAAUUACUGGGAGAAAUGAGUAA